AUGUCCAACAAGUGCACUGGUCUGACCAAUGCCAGGGAAGCCAAGAAGAACCAGAGUGAAGAGAAGCACCUUGAUCCUGCCAUUGCAGACAAAAUUCCUAAGAUUGAGAACCAGCCUAUCAAGCUGAAGAAGAUAGAGGGGUAUGAUAAAGCUAUUGAGAAUUUGAACUUGGAGGAAAAUAAGCAAAAUUUAAAAUUAAAACAACCGCAGAAAUUGAAUGAUAGCUUGGUCACAAAGUCAUCCCCAUCUAGAGGGAGUGCUAUGACCAACCCCCAAGGUGGAAGAUAUGGCAGCAGUCUUAAUAACAGCAAUACCCAGGACUCUGCUCCUUUAAAACCAGGGAAAGCUAUCAGAAUCUAUAAGAAUGUUCUCACUGAGUUUGAGAAGGGGGAAAUUUUGAGAUAUCGAGAAAUCUACUAUGUCGGUGAAAAGGCAGUCACCACUAAAAUCAAAGGAACUAUCUUAGAGGAAAAUAACUGUGGUUAUGACGAUGAUAGAGGUGACUAUAAGGUCAUCAUCAAUGAUCAUCUUGGGUACCGAUUUGAGGUCCUCCACAGAUUAGGCGCUGGAAGUUUUGGCCAGGCAUACAAAUGAUUUGAUCAUAAGAAUGGGGAAGAAGUUGCUAUUAAGAUAAUUAAAAAUGAUCCUAGCUUCCAACACCAAGCAGGAGUUGAAGUUAAAAUCCUCACUCAUCUCAGGGAUAGAGAUCCUUACGACAAAAAUAAUAUUAUCAGGCUCAAGGAGGUGUUUACUUUCAGAAAUCAUUUAUGCGUUUCCUUCGAACUUUUGAGUAUAAAUUUAUAUGAUUUCCUCAAGCAAGGAAACUUCAGAGGCCUUUCGCUCGGCUUGAUCAGGAGGUUUGCAAUGCAGAUUCUCUAUGCUCUCAACUAUGUGAAGUGAGAAAACAUUAUCCAUUGUGACCUAAAGCCAGAGAAUAUUGUAUUGAAGGAAAAAUAACAAAUCUGGCCUCAAAGUUAUUGACUUUGGAAGUUCGUGCUUCGUUGAUGAACAACUAUACACUUAUAUCCAGAGUCGCUUCUAUAGAGCACCUGAAAUUAUUUUUGGAAUCAAGUACUCUAACUCAAUUGAUAUGUGGAGCUUUGGCUGCAUCCUUGCUGAACUCUAUACUGGAUAUCCCAUAUUUCCUGGAGAGAAUGAGCAUGAUCAGAUUGGGUACAUGAUGGAGGUAAAUGGUCUCCCACCACCUGAACUACUCAACAGAGGGAUGCGCUCACACUUGUUUUUCAAUAGUGAUGGACUUCCAAUUCCAGUGAAGAACUCUAACGGCAAGAUUAGAAUGCCAAAUACCAAAUUAUUGCAUGAAGUACUUGACUGAGAAGAAGAUACUUUUCUGGACUUCAUUGAGAAAUGAUUUGAAUGGGUGCCUGAAGAGCGUCUCAAUCCAACAGAUGCUCUCAAGCAUGAAUGGAUUUUGGAAGGACUUCCUCUCCAAAUAUUAGAGCAUCAUAUGACCUUACAUGAUAUUGAAGUGCAUGAACUGCCAAAGAAAAUAAGAAAGAACUACGAGAAAUUUCUGAAAGCUAAGAACAAAAAGUCAGCAAAGGAGCUCCACCCUACUUCUCCAAAGUCUGGUAGCAAGACUUUGUCCACUAGUCGGAAGCCAGUGAAGCAUAAGAUCAAUACUGAGAUCAGCCAUGUUCCAGUAAUCGGAGGUGACAUGAUCACUCUGAGGAACAAAGACAAGAAGGUGAAUAUCAGGCAGGGUCUAGAAAACUCCUUGAUAGAUAGUCUGAGCAGCAAAUCAAAGUCAAACACCAGGAACAAGGAUAAGAGCAGGAGCUCCAAACCAGAUGUUACACUGAGCAAUGGAGGAGAUUCCUUGAAAGCUCUAGAUGACCUCAUGGGAAUCCCUGCCCCUCAGAAGCCUGAGAAGCAAUUCUGUUUGAAGAAGAACACUAUCAAAUUUAAAUCUUUAAGAAGAGAAGGAAAAGGCCGCCAAGAAUCCUCCCAAUGUGCUACAGAUAGAGAAACCUACUAA